CACAGUUUGACAAUUGUGAAGUUUUGAAAUCUAAAUUUUGUUUGAUUUUGUGUCAAAAAGUUUGGAUUAUUGAAAUUCUAAUACUUUGUAAAGAUCUUUAUUUAUAUAUUUUCUAAGCAUCUAACAAAAUUCACAGGACAAUGAGUUCAAAUAAGGGACGCAGUAUUUUUACUUUGGGUGACCCUCCUAGGACCUCCGCUGUAAGCAAGCUAAAGGAACAUAAAAAAUCGGAUCCAUUUGCAAAAGAUCCCUUCAAAAUACAAUCCUUCAAUUUUCAUUAUGCCGAGAGACCUCAAUUUCCCAUGACAACAAUGAAACCAAAAACUUCAGAGGCUGCUCAAAAGUCAUGUGACUCCUUUUAUUACAAUCAAAACUUUGCAAAGUCUUCAAAUGAUGUACGAAGGAGCCAUAAUCUGGAAAAACCACUAUCAAAUUUAGCAAAAUUCCAUCAAUAUCGUAGAAGGAAAUAUUUGCAGAAUAACUCUGCACAGAGUCAAAGCAGUUUGAGAAGUGAACAAACAGAUGUCUUAGCUUCAAGAGAUGCAUUUUUCUAUGGCCGUCCCGCAUCUUCUUAUAGUCAGAUUUUGGCAAGACCAUCAUCAAAUGUUCAAACUUCCCUCCUUAAAAGAUCUAAUACUGACUAUUUUAGGCAAAGUGAGAGCCGUUAUGGAUUUGAAUCCAAAACAUCACCUUCUCUGGCCAAUGACUCCCUUAGAGUACAAAUCUCUAUUGACCACUUGAAGCAAGGCAAUUCCCUUAAUACUCGGAGAAGGUCUUUGCCUGAGAAUAUACUGGCAGCCAAGAAAAGCUCAUUUCAUAUACCAACAGAGCAUGAAAAAAGGGCUAGGGAAGCCAUGACUAAUUAUGAGAAGAAGAAAAAACUUGCAGUAUCUUCCAAUUGUUCCGGAAGUUUUUGUAACCAAACUUCUUUGAGAAAUGGUCCUUCGACUUGCUGGAGCAACACAAAUGCGCAUUAUACAACUAAGGCUUCUGAUCUUCGAACUCAUGCCCUUUCAAUGCAGGGAAGAUCUAAAACUCAAACUUCUUUGGGACAUGGUACAUUAAAUUUUCAAGAAUCACAAGCCGCCAAAACUCAAGGGCUACCUAUGUUGGGAACCUUGGGUAGGUCUAAUACUUUUUCUUUGAAAAAUGGUUCCUCGACUUCUAAGACAAAUGAUACCAUCUCAAUAACUAAAAAGGCAUCACAAGCCUCCAAUUUCAAAACUAAUCUACUAACUAAGCCUGAAACCCUAGGAUGGUAUGAUAAUCAAUCUUCGUUGAAAAAUGGUACUUUUCUAACAAAGUCCAAUCCUAUAACGCAUCUUGAAUCCUUCAAAACUCAAUCCAACUUGAAUGCAACAAAUGACUCCCAAUCAUCUAAGCUCAAAACCCAUAUGUUAUCUAAGGCAGCAACCUUAGAAAGUUCUAACAUUCCAUCUACAUUGAAAAAUGGUCCUUCGAGUUGGUGGAUAACAAAAACCACUCCCUUAAUCCAACCUCAACCUUCAUUCGGCAAUUUUGAAGCUCACGCUCUUCCAAAGCCAGAAACCCUGGAAAAUCUUAAAACCCUAUCAACAUUGAAAAAUGACCCUUUGACUAACUGGACAACCGAGAGCAACCCUAUAACCCAUGUUCAAUCUCCAUCAUCCAAUCUCCAAACCCUUGCGUUAUCCAAGCCACAAACCCUAACCAGUUCUUAUACUCAAACUUUAUUAAAUAAUGGUCCUUCUACUAUCUGGACAUCUAAGAGCAACCCUAUUACCCAUGUUCAAUCACCAUCAUCUAAAUUCCAAACCCUUGCUCUAUCCAAGCCACAAACCUUAACCAGGUCCAAUACUCAAACUUUGUUGAAAAAUGGUCCUUCGACUUCUUCUAUAUGCUCCAAAAAGAAACGUUCUGGCUGUGAAAUUAACAUAAACAUCAAAAGUUUGGAUGAUGAUGCCAUAUCGGAUAAUGUUACCAUACAAAUUCAAAAAGAGCCUUCAAUAAAUGAUUUGAAUAGUCCCCAUAAAAAUCCUUCCAGACAUUCGAAAAUGUCCUCCAACAUAAAAUUAAAUAUAAAUUCUUCAACAAAGUCUUUGGAAAUUAAAAGAAAACUAUCAAAUGAGAAUAAUAUGGACGAAAAAGGAUUAUUCUCUCAGAAUUUUAGCCCAACAAAGGGUACGACAAUAUCUGGCAACAAAGAGCGGAAAAAGCUUUGCUCUUUGACAAGUUCUAAUGUUUUUCUGGGGAAAACUUCCAACUACAAUUUUCAUCAGAGAGAUUCUUUAGAGAGUAAUUGUAACUGGAAGGAUAUAAGAAGAGAACGCUUAAACACUCUUAACUCCAUUUAUGCUCCAACUCAAUCCAUAGCUGCUGUCAAAAAGAAAUCUCCAAGGCCUAUAAAAACUUCAAAAGACAAAUUGCCUUCUUUUCUAACUUGGAGUGAGGGCAAUAACUCACAAGCAAAACAGAGAUCAACAAAUGAAAGAUUAUCACCCACUACUACAAAUUCCGCACCAACACCUGUUGGCAAAGAUCUUAGAACAUCUCCUUCUUAUUCCAUUGAAAAUACUUCCAGCUCGCCUCCUAAUGGCUCAUGGGUAAAUACGGUCUUGAAUUCUAAACCCAAAUUGUCUGUUAAACAUUUGAUUUUAAAAAAAUUUCGUAGUUCUAAACAAGGUUUGAGGCAGAGAAAAGAACACAAAAUUCACUUCGAAAAAUUAUAUAAAAAAUCAACCUUUCCCCUUCCACCCUACCAUCAUGGCAAAAAUUCUAAAAAACAUUAUGGAAAUUUUAAAAAGCUACCUUUUAAAAUCAACAUCAAUAUUUUGGCGGAAAAAGUGCGUUUGCUGCAAGCAGAAGAAUGAAUUUUAGAGAACUUGUUAAGGAUUAAAACAAAAAAUAUUUCAACAAUUUUAAAUUAAAAUUUUUUUAAUAUUUUUUAAACAAAAAAGUAUUAAAUAAUUUUUAAUUUAAUAUUUUUUUAUAUAUUUUGUAAAUCAAAAUAAAUUAACAUUUGUUAGUUAAAAAAUGUUUUUUAAUUAAAAAAUAAAAUAAUAAAAAAAA